CUUGCGUCAUCUCACCGCCACUCGGAGUUUAAGCGACGCAUUAGUGUACACAACAACCAUGGCGGAAGAGGAACACCUGUCGCCUUUCCACACCGAGAAAAUCGUCCAAUUUCAGGAAGUCACUGGAACAGAGGACUUGGGAGAAGCCCGGUCACAGUUGGAGAACCAUGGAUGGGACCUAGAGGCAGCCGUCCAGACACACCUUGCUCUGGGGGACAACCGCGCACCAACACCUCCCAUUCCAGCACAGAAUGGCAGAAAUGACCACAACGGUUGGCAAAACCUGGCUGGAGUGGAGGAGGGAGUGGAUGGGGGAGGGGGCGGGGCCAAUCGCCAUGAUGAGGAUGACACAGAUACUGAGGAUGGGGCGGACAGUGGAGAGAGAGAGAGCACCUCUGGCAGCCUCUUACCUGCGUGGCCUCGGGGGAGUAUCUUCAGCUGGGGCUAUUAUCUCCUCACGCUGCCCUUCCGCAUCACGCUCUCCUCCCUCUCCUCCCUUUUCCUCUUCGUCUACAGGAUUGUCUACCCAUAUCCUCGCAGAUUAACUGACCCCCUGGGGGACGUGCUGCAGUUCAUUGGACAGUAUGAGGCAGAGUACGGGCAGCAGCACCCUGCCUUCUUCCAGGGCUCAUACUCACAGGCUCUCAGCCAUGCCAAGUCGGAGCUCAAGUUCCUCUUGGUCUACCUGCACUGUGCUGAUCACCAAGACACGCCGGCCUUCUGUAGAACGACCCUCUCAGACCCAGCUCUGGUGGAGUACGUCAACAACACCAUGGUGUUCUGGGGCUGCUCUGUCACCACAGCAGAGGGCUAUCGAGUAUCGCAGGCCCUGAGAGAGAAUGCAUAUCCAUUCCUAGCCCUAAUUGUGCUACGGGACAACCGCAUGACAGUGGUUGGCCGAUUGGAGGGACCCUGCACACCCACAAAGCUGACUGAGCAACUGCAGCUGAUUGUUAGGGACAACGAGGCCUAUCUGGUGGUGGCCAGAGCAGAGAGGCAGGAGAGAGAGCUGACGGCAGCACUGAGGCUCCAGCAGGAUGAGGACUACCAGGAGAGUCUCCGUGCUGAUCAGGAGAAGGAAAGAAAGAGGCAGCAAGAGAGGGAGGAGAUAGAGCGGAAGGAGAUGGAAGAAAGAGAGAGAGAAGAGGAGCAGAGGAGAGAGAAGGACAAUAUUAGAAGACUGAAGAUUGAGAGUGUGGACAAGAUACCACAGGAGCCAGAGGAAGGUGCUGAGGGCACGGUGCACAUUGUGGUGAAGCUCCCUCAUGGGGCAAGGCUGGAGAGACGCUUCCUCAAGACGGACAGCCUGGAGGCCCUCUACUACUACAUCUUCUGCCAUCCAGACUCCCCAGAUAGGUUCCAGGUGACCACCAACUUCCCCAGACAGGUGGUGCCUUGUGAACCCUCGGAGGCCAACCCCAACCCUCCUACCUUCGAAGAGUUUCGUCUACCCCCAAGGAGCAUGCUUUUUGUAUCCGACUUAGAUGCCUGAGGAGGCUGUAGAGUCAGGUGGACAGUGGGGAGUGGGGGUGGGGGGGGAAGAUUGCAAUGAAUUUUUUUUUUUUUUUUUAAUUAUUAUUUUUAUUUUUUUUAUGAGUUGCCAGUGAAGGAUUAAUGGAUUUGCAUAAGAGAAGAAAUAGACCAAAUAACCAUAAUUAUUGUGAAUGGUUUGAGUUUGCUGCAGUGAAGUGCACAAUUUGUUCUUG